UUUUUCCUUUUUCCUUUCUUCUUUCUUCUCUUCACUGGCGCUCCUCUUUCACUCUUCAAGCAAUGAUUGUUUUUCAUCGGGCAUUUCGUCGAUAAUGUUGUUCAGUCGUUCUUCUCCCUAUCUCCUUGCUUAGUCAAGGGUUCGCCGCCGUUUAAUAUUUUGGUUUUGAUUCGGGUCGAUCCACUACUUGAGUUGAUCGUGGUAGAGGUUAUUACCGUCGUGCUUGUGGGCCGGUAUUAAACCGGUUCAUAGCUUAUAAAGGCGACCUAAAUUUGAGACGGAGCACAGAGAGUGGAGAAGAGAUAUUGAAAUGGCGGGUAGGGUUUUAUUUUCAGCUUCAGGAAGAUCACGUAGGCUCAAUAUUCUUCUCGCUAAUUCACUCAUUUCCGUCCCAGAUAAGUCCCUUCUCAAAACCAGCUUGGGUAAUGUUAUAUGCAAGGCUUUUGCUCCACAACAGGCGUUUGCUCCAACCUAUGACAUAAAGAGGUUUCUGCUCGAGGGGCAUGGCUGGAUUCAUUCAGCUCCAUUUCCAAAUGCUUCUGAAAAAGCUGGUGGGAUGUUCGACCAUUCUGAGAGAGGUGCUAGCACCAAUGAUGCUUGUAGUGGUAACCUUAAGGUGAAGAGGAAGAAACUGAAGGGUAAACGUGCUGUAGUAAGGUGGUUGAAAUUCUUCAGGUGGAAGAAGAAGAAAGAUUAUGAAAGAAUGACAGCUGAAGAAAAAAUUCUUUACAAACUUGGAAAGGCUCGAAAGAAAGAAGAAAGACUUGUGACAGCUUUAAAUAAGAUUGAGCCAGCUGAAUCAUCGGAAACAACCCAUGAUCCAGAAAUAUUGACUCCGGAAGAGCACUUUUUCUUUUUGAAGAUGGGAAUCAAGUGCAAAAAUUAUGUGCCAGUUGGAAGACGAGGAAUUUACCAGGGUGUAAUUUUGAACAUGCACCUUCAUUGGAAGAAGCAUCAGACUUUGAAGGUGGUUGUUAAGACAUUCUCACCGGAGGAAGUCAAGGAGAUUGCUGCUGAGCUUGCAAGAUUAACCGGUGGAAUUGUGCUUGACAUUCAUGAAGAUAAUACAAUAAUUAUGUACAGAGGGAAGAAUUAUUCUCAGCCGCCGACAGAGAUUAUGUCACCUCGGGUCACUCUUUCUAGAAAGAAGGCUCUGGAUAAAUCCAAAUACAGAGAUGGUCUUAGAGCCGUCAGGAAGUAUAUCCCAAAGCUCGAGCAGGACCUUGAGUUGCUACGUGCUCAAGCUGCGAAUAACCCCGACCCUAUGCAACAUGUGCCAAACACUGAUAAUCACAAUGCGAAUUCUGGGAAGGUUUCAAGCAUUCAACAUGAAGGGUCAAAUAAAUUGAAAGAAAUUUUGGAUGAGAGCAAGGAACUUUCUGAAAAUGAAUCCAAAACAGAUUUGCUUAUGGCUUCAGAUUCUGAGGACUUGUCAGAUAUUUUCGAGACCGAGUCCGACACUGAGACAGAGGAGAGAGAACAGCCGCUUUUCUUGGAUGAAUUUGACAAAUUUCCAAAAGAGAGUGACGGGGAACCUGAAGAUUUUGAGGAGCACCUGCGCCAAAUACCUAUGGGCUCAAAAGUUCCCACAACAUCUGAGGAAGAUGUUAACUCACCCAAUUUUGAUGAGGUAGAUCGGAUAUUUCUUCGUGCUGCUUCACUCCUAAAGAAAAAGAGGAGAUAGGUGGAUUCAUGAUUAAUGUAAUCCUCAAAAUAGCUUGGUAGAUGUUUAUUUACUCUUACUUCCUUAGAGAGUCCUUAUGCAUGGAGUAAGUUGCAGUACUUCCCGAGAAUCAUUGUAGUGAUGCUCAAGUUUCCGGUAACUUCCCUAUCAAGUAUCCAUAAAACUUCCUUGUGCACACAUUUUUCUAGAAGACAGAAGGUGUAAAAUUAUGUCAAAUUGCUCAACCUCGAGUUUCUCGUCGGAAUUGUAUACCUAUUGUCCAUGC